ACUAACUUUGAGCCUGCACAAAGCGGUAAUCUUUGUGCAAGACUGCGCAUACGCAUACAUACUUCGGCAUUGACCUCAAGGGAAGGUGCAUGUGCCUCGCAGUUGCCAACAUGGCGGACAACUUGACAGAAAAUGUGCGCGAAACUCUCAAGCAAACAGCGCUCGAAAAGCCCAAAUACCAGGGAAUUAUGGCCUUUAAAACGGUUGAAAAUCUCGUGAAAUUGUCCGAUGAGAAAUAUGUUCCACCGAAAUUUCCCUUUGAACUGCCUACAUUUGACGGAUCGUCGGCCUCAUUUGGAGUGGAAAUGCGAAAACAUUUCUUACUUGAUCUCGAUAACUGGACGUUCUUAAAUCAUGGUGCUUUCGGCUGCGUUCUCAAAGAUGCACUUGAAACAGCUUACAAAUGGCAGUGUUACGUGGAGCGACAGCCGGUACGAUUUGUGGACAGAGAAAUGUUGCCACUUCUCGCUCAUGUCAACCGGAGAUUGGCAAAGUUUGUUGGUGCAGAAACCAGCGAUAUCGUUCUUCUACCAAAUGCUACCGCUGCCAUCAACACCGUGAUUAAGUCAACUGACUGGCAUUCGGGAGAUAUUGUGUAUUUCUUGAAUACUUGUUAUUAUACUGUCAAAAAAUUAUUUAGACAUGUCAGUAGUGAAUAUGGUGUAAUUCUAAAGGAAACCACAGUAACAUUUCCUGCAAAUAAGGAGGAAAUUCUUGAAAAGAUAGAGAAUACCUUGGAGAAAGGUACCAGACUAGCUUGUUUUGGCCACAUUCCCAGUAAUUACCCUGUUAUCAUGCCAGUGGAAGAGAUUGUGAAACUGUGCCACAGCAAAGGUGUGCCAGUUUUGAUUGAUGGAGCGCAUGCUCUGGGGAGCUUGCCUCUAAACUUGGGAGGUCUUGAGGCUGAUUAUUAUGUGGCUAAUGCACAUAAAUGGCUUGCAUGCCCCAAGGGCUGUGCUUUUCUGCAUGUCUCUAAACAGCACCAGCCAAUGAUGAAGCCCCUUGUUGUUUCAGCUGGUUUUGGUGCUGGAUUUAACUCACAGUUUAUAUGGACAGGUCUGAGAGACUACAGUCCAUACUUGGCUUUGAACACUGUUUUAGAUUUCUGGGAAGCCAUGGACCCCGAACGAAUUCGCCAAUACAACAACACCUUGGCCAAAAAAGCCGCGUCCAUGUUAGCAGAAAGAUGGAGUACAGGCCUCCUGUCUCAUGCGGGCAUGUUUGGACCGAUGGUUUUGAUUCGUCUUCCUGAAGUGCUGCUCGACUGUGUCACUCAGGGUGGAGAGGAGGAAGCUGUCAAGGCUCACGCGGAAAUGGUCCAAGCCAAGCUGCAUUACGAGUUCAGUAUUGAAGUGCCUGUGAAGUUAAUACAGGGAAAACUUCACACUAGAAUUUCAGCGCACGUGUAUAACCAGCUGAGUGAUUACACCAAGUUAUGCAAUGCCAUUCUUGUCAUGGCAGAUGACGCCCUUAACAAUCCAUCGGCAUAUGACACCUAUAAGCAUUAUAGGUAGUAAGUUUCCCACGCUGGGGACUGUGGGGUGACCCUAUAUAUUAUCAAAUGAGAGAGACUGAGAAUGAGUAUUAAUGGUAAGCACUUGUUGCUUGGUGACAGCUUUCAUAUCCGUGAGUUUACUCUAUGUGUUAUCAAAUGCAGGGGACUGAAAACAAGUUUAAAUCGCAAGCAUCACUUGCUUGAUAUUAUAGCAAGUUUCAUGUCUUUCACAUAUCCAGGGAUUUUCUCUAUUGACUAAAUCAGUUGUGAAGUGCGGGACACUGAAAACGAGCAUCAAUCACAUCAUAUAUCUGCAAGGCUGUUUUACGUAUUAUCACAUAGUUAUGGGAGAUUGAUAGCGAGUGUCAAUGAUAAAUUACUUAUAUCCGUGGACUAUUCUACAUAUUAUCAAGUGCGGGUGACUGAGAACAAGUAUCAAUCAUCAUAAAUUUUUUGCAAUAAAUAAAUAAAUAAAUAAAUAAAUAAAUAAAUAAAUAAAUAAAU